AUGGUGCGUCCGCUUCUUGUCCCUUGCCUUCGACUCGCACUGAUCUACCCCGCUUUUUAUCUCCGUUCUACUUCUCUCAGGUUCUGUCGAGGACCAAUCAAGGAGACGCUCACCCUCCGCGCUCUUGUCAGCACCAAGGACGCCGGCGUCAUCAUUGGGAAAGGUGGCAAAAACGUCGCCGAUCUCCGAGACGAGACAGGCGUCAAGGCCGGCGUUAGCAAGGUCGUCCCCGGCGUUCACGAGCGUGUCCUCACCGUUAGCGGUGACGUCGAAAAAGUUGCCAAGGCAUAUCGUCUUAUAAUUGCCCAGCUAAUUGAUGCUAGCCCUCCCUCACCAACAACAACAUCACCUCCCUCAAACACUUCUAUCCGCCUCCUCAUUUCUCACAAUCUCAUGGGUACCAUCAUUGGCCGUGGCGGACUUAAAAUCAAGGCAAUUCAAGAUGCUUCUGGUGCCCGUAUGGUCGCCUCCAAGGAUAUGCUUCCUCAGUCGACCGAGCGCAUUGUCGAGGUCCAAGGCAGCGCCGACGCCAUCGGCUUAGCCAUAGAGCAGAUCGGCAAGUGUCUGCUCGAGGACUGGGAACGUGGUCAAGGCACCGUGCUCUUCCAUCCGGGGCCCAGUAGCGACGCGUCGGCUGGCCGGCGUUCUGCAAACGGCUAUUCCUCCGCCUCCUUUACUAGCUCUCGUCGUACAAACGGAGAUCGCGCGCGUGGCGGAUCUCCACCUCCGACGCCACCCCAGUCUCUUCCUCCGAGUAGCCCUCAGCAAUCUGCGAACCUGCGAACGCAGAACAUUUCCAUCCCCUCGGACAUGGUCGGAUGCAUUAUUGGCCGUGGUGGCACCAAGAUCACUGAGAUCCGCCGCCUUUCGGGGUCAAAGAUCUCUAUUGCGAAGACUCCUCACGACGAGACCGGGGAGCGUAUGUUCACUAUUGUCGGCACCCCUCAGGCCAACGAGAAGGCUCUUUUCCUUCUCUACAACCAAUUGGAGAGCGAGAAGGAGAGGAGGGUUGGACGCGAGGCGCAGCAGGAAGGCACCGCGUGAUACGAAGCUGCCCUAAUCACACCCGACUCCUCAUCAGACUUGCUUGAAUGGUUUUACCCGUUCCAAGUUGUCUUUCCGUGCCUCCUGUCUUGUCGCGGCGCCCGGUUGUUGUCUCUAGACUGUGUUUUCCCUUACCCUUAAAACCGUAAAAUCAACUUCCCUUUUCCGUCUUGAAUGGCGCGGCACCUGUACGCCCUACUCCCCUCUCUGUUUCCGUUGUUCCGUACGCUGAAUAACUUUUGUGCCUCUUUCUUACUUGUGUGUCUCACCCCCGUGAUUGUUAUCGUAGUCUGUCGCUUUCCCUCCUUUCCCCCUAGUCAUCGUUUCGUGUCCGCCUAACUUGUCUCGAUCUGUUCUGAUAAACGGCCUUCUUCCUACCCUCGAAACUUCGCGUCUGUGCCGUUUUCCAUGCUCACCGCCCGUUUGCACCCUAUGCCUUAUUAGCUCUCGUUAUUAGUUAGCGAGACAGUAGGCUCAGAAAUUCAUGGUCUCUGCUGCAUAUGUGAAGUGCCACAACGGACAGCUAACUGGCUAUGCAUUCGUCUUUUUGCAUGUGAAUGAUGCUAUUCAAUUUUUGUCUUCAUCAGGGUCUUCGUCGUCUAAAUCGUCUGCUGAAUCGGGAUCAUAAAAGAUAUGGGCGCUCUGAUUUUGUGCCGUUAGAGCUUUACCUUUAAGUGUAUCAGCUCCGAGUGUGAAACAUUGAUAUUUAGAAGGAUGAUAAGGUGUACAUACCGUUGUGUUCGUAGGGUAGAGGAACUUGAGAACGGGAUGUUUGUUGGGAAUCGGUUAGAAUGAGGUUAAAUGUUAGAUCUUUUGUAGGAUCUGGAGCUUCCUGUUCAUUUAGAAUUGAC